GUCCCUUCUGUCAGAGGAGAACGACCAAACUGGAAAGGGAAAUGCGGAUCCGUCACUAAGCAGAAUAAGCGAUUUACUGAGGAAGCGGGACAGGUUUUUGCUGUUCCCUUAUUCGCAAAGGUCUAAGAAAGCAUUAUUGUAUUCCACGUUAAGCAGGGCCUUCCAUGGCAGGAAGUCUUUGACACGAUGUCUCCAUCAGCCACGUUGCUAGACUGAAAUGGACUGUGACCCCUCUGCUAACAUGCAGGUGGGAAUGCGUGUGGUGAGGGGAGUGGAUUGGAAAUGGGCCAACCAGGACAACGGCGAAGGCAGCGUGGGAACGGUCGUGGAGAUCGGCAGACAGGGCAGCCCCACGACGCCCGACAAAACCGUAGUCGUCCAAUGGGAUCAUGGCACCAGGACUAACUAUCGGGCGGGUUUUCAGGGCGCCUAUGACCUCCUGCUGUAUGAUAAUGCUCAAAUAGGUGUUCGCCAUCCUAACAUCAUCUGUGACUGUUGCAAGAAGCAUGGAAUCCGCGGAAUGCGUUGGAAGUGCAAAGUCUGUUUUGACUAUGACCUGUGCACCCAAUGUUACAUGAACAACAAACAUGACUUGGCCCAUGCCUUUGAAAGAUAUGAGACUGCCCACUCCCGACCAGUCAUACUGGGCCCUCGUCAGGGGCUACAGCGUGCUAUGCUCAAAGGGAUUUUCCAAGGAGCGAAGGUGGUACGUGGCCCAGACUGGGAAUGGGGCAAUCAGGAUGGUGGUGAAGGCAAAUUAGGUCGCGUUGUUGAUAUUCGCGGAUGGGACGUUGAGACGGGCCGAAGUGUGGCUAGUGUGACAUGGGCAGAUGGGACCACAAACGUAUACAGAGUUGGGCACAAGGGCAAAGUAGAUCUGAAAUCUAUCACGGAGGCUUCUGGAGGCCAUUAUUACAGAGACCACUUACCCAAACUCGGGCCAUUCCACUUGUCUUUAGGUAAACCAGCUGAAAUCCAAAGGAAGGAGAGCUCAGAACGUCAUCCCUUCCAGCAUGGGGACAAAGUCAAAUGCCUUCUGGAUGUUGAAAUUUUACGGGAGAUGCAAGAAGGGCAUGGGGGAUGGAACCCCAAAAUGGCAGAGUUUAUAGGUCAGACAGGAACAGUGCACAGGAUCACAGAACGCGGUGAUGUACGAGUUCAGUACAACAGUGAAACCCGUUGGACUUUUCAUCCAGGAGCUUUAACAAAGCACAACAGCAUUUGGGUUGGUGAUGUUGUGCGUGUGAUGGAUUGCAUGGAUACAGUGAAGAAGCUCCAGGUUGAUCAUGGGGAAUGGACAGAUGAUAUGGCCCCUGCGCUGGGACAGAUUGGCAAAGUGAUCAAAGUAUUCGGAGAUGGAGACAUGAGGGUGUCUGUUGGAGGCCAGUCGUGGACGUUUAACCCUGCCUGCCUCACAGCUUAUCAGCAGGAAGAAGAUGCAAACCUCAUGACCACUGAAAAUGCCAAGGAACCCAAAAGUGCUCUGGUUUCCAUUUUAGAGAAGCUUCUUGCACAGAAGUCGGAUUGUGAAAGCCCUAGCUCGUUGGUUAUUGAAGCGGCCCAUGGCAAUGCCGCCAAAGUGAGAGAGAUUCUUCAAAAACACCCCGACAAGGUGGAUGUUAGAAAUCAGGGCAGGACGGCUUUACAGGUGGCUGCCCACCUGGGAUUCAUAGAGGUGGUGAAGAUCUUACUCCAAGCCAAUGCAAACAUUGACCUUAAGGAUGACGAAGGGGACUCUGCUCUGCAUUACGCCGCUUAUGGGAACCAGGCUGCUGUAGUCAGGGUGCUGCUGGGAAAAGGAGCCGACACGGAGCUUCUUAAUAACACCAAGUUCACCGCUCUUUACAUAGCCGUCAACAAAGGGUUCACAGAGGUGGUGCAAGCCCUGUGCGUUCCCAACUCUAGCAUCAACAUCCAGGACUCUCGUGGUGACACCGCUCUUCACUGCGCCAUCACAGCCGAUUUCAGAAGCAUAAUCGAGAUCCUCACGGAAGUACCCAACAUAGAUUUUACUGUUCAGAAUAACCAGGGAUUCAACCUCCUGCACCACGCGGCGUUAAAGGGCAACGUCCUGGCUGUAAAAAAGAUUCUGGAACGCGCACGUCAGCUGGUCGACUCCAAAAAGGAGGAUGGAUUCACGGCCCUCCAUCUGGCUGCUCUCAACAACCACAGAGAAGUGGUGGAAAUCUUAAUUAAAGAGGGUCGCUGUGACGUCAAUCUCAGGAACAACAGAAAUCAAUCUCCCCUCCAUCUGGCUGUGACCCAGGGCCACGUCAGCUUGGUGCAUCUCCUCCUGACCGAAGACGCCGACGUGAAUGCAGAGGAUGAGGACGGAGACACGCCAAUGCACGUCGUCAUAACGCGUCAGCAUCUGGAAUCUAUCGAGCUCGAGCAAGACGGGGAUGGCUCGGCUCUGCUCGCUAAGCUGCAGGCGUCUGGUUUGUUGGGGAACGUGGAGAUGAAUGCCGGUACCGCAAUGGCCUGCUUUCUGGCACAAUCGGGCGCUGAUAUCAACUAUGCCAAUCACCGUGGAAAGUCCCCGAUGGAUCUGAUAAAAGAUGGGAGGAUAGCACAUCUUGUGAAAGCCUUCUCCCAAAAAUACAGAGAACAUCUGACCGAGUCUGGCUCAUCCACCAUCACCUGCAGCCUGCGCAGGGUUCACACUACUCCGAACACGGUGACCAACCUCAGCCUGCCGUGUGCCGCCAGCCCUUCAGAGUGUUUGGUUUGCUCAGAAAUGGCCGUACUCAUUAACUUCUUCCCUUGCCAACACAGCAUAGUAUGUGAAGAAUGUUCCCGGAGAAUGAAGAAAUGCAUUAAGUGUCAAGUAUCCAUAACCAAAAAAGUUAGGCAAGAUAGCACAGAGGUCGAUUCCUUUCCUAGUUUAGACACAUCAGACCAACGCAAGAUCAUGGAAGAGCUCCAAAACCGAUACCGGCAAAUGGAGGAGCGCAUGACCUGUCCAGUCUGCAUCGACAGCUACAUCAACCUAGUGUUUCAGUGCGGACACGGGUCCUGCGCAGACUGCAGCAUAUCCCUGAGCACCUGCCCCAUCUGCAGGCAGGGGAUCAAAGAUAGGAUUCAGCUAUUUGUCUAGCGAAUGACAGGGAAGCCAUUGGUGCUUCUGCCGCGUCACCUUAGAUCCUGAAGACACAAUACGACAUGCCGUGCAUGACAGCGUGAACGUUUUUAAGACGAGAUGUCCAGAAAGGAGGUUGCCCUAACUUUGCUUAAGGGGAAGUGUGUCUGCUGUGUGUGUUUGAUACUCUAAAGACAAACUAAUAUAUCUAUAUCUAUAUAUAUAUAUAUAUCAGUACUGGAAGGGCUAAUCUGUAUUGCAGUCUUCCUGAAGAAAUUUUCCAGACACAAAGACAAACUCGUUCUCAUCAUCCCAUCAUUAAAUACAGCUGCCCGGCCCUGCCAUUAUACAGCUGUA